CACAAUAUGUGAAUGGAAUGGGCACAAGCCCAUGUGCUCAAUGGGAGGGGGCCAUGGUCUUCACCUUCAAAAUAUCCCAGAAACAGAUGCAGACUGACCACAAAGAGAUGUAAAAUGGCUCCAAAAAGAAGGAAAACCACCACAUAGACACAAAAAAAAACUGCAAAGAAAGAAGACUACAAAUAGUUGCAACAUGACUAGGAAGAGACAGAAAACAACCACAAAGAGAUGCAAAACAUCCCCAGGAAAGAUGUAAAACAUCCUUAAAAAAAGAAGAGAAAUGACCACAAACUGCAGGGAUGAGUGGGUGGUGAUCAUUUCAGUCUCAGUUUUGCAUCUCUCUUUUUGGCUGCCUUGCUCCUUUUCUGCCAUGCAGUCAAUGUUUGGUGGUCAUUCCAAAUGUAGUAAGUUAUUUGCGAGGGGAAUAUUAUGUUUAUAUGCAACAGACGAGCAUAACAUUAACCGUUUAUGAAAGCUGCUAUGAAUGUAGGGCCUUUCUCUAGCACUAGUCUAUCAUCAUUUAAAGAGCAAACAUGAGCCGUCUGGAUCAAGACCAGCAUCUUGAUCCUGGUUGCCGUGGCAAAGCAACAAUGGCUGGUGAUUCUUCAGACAUCCAUCAGCUUGUCAAGCAACCUCUCCCAGAUCUAAAAUUGGCUUCGCAUGCAGUACUGGAGAAAGCGCAGCAGAGGGGCAGGGUGAAGUGCUCUAAAUGUGGAGGAUCACGGAUGUUCUUCUGCUACACGUGCUGUUCAUUAGUUGGUGUCAACCUGCAAGAAAUCCCCAUUGUAAAGCUUCCUGUGAAGAUAGACAUCAUCAAGCAUCCAAAUGAGACAGAUGGCAAGAGCACAGCGAUCCAUGCCAAGCUCCUUGCACCUGGUGACAUCACCAUAUACACUUACCCCUGCAUACCCGAGUUUGAAAAGGAUAAGGUGGUGUUGGUGUUCCCUGGACCAGGGGCUGUCUCAGUUCAAGACAUGAUGCAGCAUUUGUAUGAAAGGACUGACAACAGGCCAAAUGAAUCCUCUCAUGAACCACGCAUAAAGAGGCUGAAAACUGAGGAAGGCCAAGAUGUCACACAAACUGCAGAGAACUCAGAAUCAGGGACCCAAGGUGAAGCAGAGGGCUUGGAGUCAAGGUCGUGUCCCUUACAGAGGGUGGUCUUCAUAGACAGCACAUGGAAUCAGACCAACAAGAUAAGCACAGAUGAGAGACUGCAAGAUUUGCUCCAGGUAGAGCUGAAGAUGAGGAAAACAUGUUUCUGGCGCCAUCAGAAGGGCAAGCCAGACACCUACCUGGCUACUAUCGAGGCCAUUUAUUAUUUCCUCAAGGACUUCCAUGAGCACUGCCUUGCUCAGGAGUACAAUGGAGAAUAUGAUAACCUUCUCUUCUUCUACUCCUACCUGCACUCGGUUGUCAACAAAGCGAAGAUGUCUGUUGGAAAACACUGAAGAGUGUUGGGAAGAAAACCUCAAAUCAGCUACUAGCUGUUAAAUUAUAGCUGAAAAGUAGCUUUAUCUGCAGCCCCUUGUAUGUCUUUAUUUUUUAUUGCUGGAUUU